AUGUUUGGAGUCGCCUAUUUAUUUGAGCUUGUGGUCAUGAAAAUGAGGAAGCCACUUUUUUUAAGGGGCACCUCUUUGUGGGAGGAACAUGUGACAUUUGAAGACAUUUUUGGGUCGGCGUCUAUAUUCUUUCUUGUUCUGGUGUCCUUAGAGAGACUGUUCGCUAUGGCUUGGCCGUUCCGUCUCCGUACUGUAUCGACAAGAAGUUAUUUUAAAGCCAUCGGGGCUUGUUGGCUCUAUGCAGGGCUAGUAGCUCUCAUCGAACAAAUGGUAGUCUUUAAACUCAUAUCUCAUCUGUCAUAUGUUUGGCUUGUUUCAGUAAGCUGUUUCGUUUGUCUCACGUUGAUUACUUGCUCAUAUUCUCUAAUUUGGGUACUUAACAAAAAGGAAGAUCCAAGAUUACCAGCAAACUGUCGUAAACACAACAAGGAACUUGCCAAGACAUUGUUCCUUGUAACACUGCUAUCUCUAAUGGCUUGGCUACCCUUCAUAAUCAUAAAUUUUGGGCGUUUCAUUGUUGAAGAAAACGGUGGUGAAAUGCUCACAUUCCUAUGUCAUUCCUCCAAGUUCCUUUUAUUAGCAAAUUCAUUGAUUAAUCCUAUAUAUAAUUUAUUCGUUUAG